UUCACUCAGACAAGGACUGCUACUUAUAUAACCACACAUCUCUGCCAUGCAUGCAGUAUAAUUACUGUUGAGAAAGUUUAACUUCACACUUAAAUAGUCACAGACAACUUCUCACUAUACUUAGCCAGGAUACACACCAGCCUAUACUCCACGAAAAACCCAAGCAAAUUGUGCAUAGAAAGGCAACUCCGAAUCUACCCUAUGAUGUUAAAGCUGAAAUUAUUGGAAGAAAACUCCAGGCAGAAUAUGGUGAGAAAGAUCCCAACACUCCAAUAAACUACUUCAUGAUUCUGUUGGGCAGACAGAUAUCGGAAAAGCUAAACGACCCUGAGCGAGAAUUUGCAGCAAGCCUUGAGAAACUUGGAAUGAACGUUUGGAGGAUAAUCGAUGAUGGCUGGAUGGCACAAAAAUUGCUCUUCAUCAAGUAUGAUGAUCGAUUCAGUGAUGAGCGUGAAAGAGAGUAUGCAGUGAAUGUGAAGGUUCGUGAAGACUUGAAGCAAACGUACAAGCGUUUAGUUGAUAACACUGAGGUGUUAGUCAUCACAGACGUUCAAAUCAUCCUCACUCGAGCUUGCUUGUACUACAAAGAGGAUGGCCAAUCCCAGCAACAAUCAGAUCCACCAGAUCAACGGGAUCAACGGGAUCAAAAGCUACUUCUUAUAACUACCAACGAAAUCGGAAGUAUCCUUAAAAACAAAUACUCAACUCAAGUACAAGUAGGAGACACUCCGAUUGACUACUUCUAUCUCUUCAUUCAAGUGGAAGAGAAUGAAAACCCUAAAAAGGUGCAUGAGACUGCCUCAUCAAUCCUGAAAGAUCUGCCAGGAGAGUGGAGAAUUCUCGAUGAAGCGAACUGGCCAGAAGUUUACUUAGGCCAUUACCCCAAGACAUCGGGAUUCAUGACUGAGAGAGAAAGAGAAAUGAGUUUGAACGAAAAAGUCUGAGAGCCUCUCAUUGAGAAAAUGCAAUCAAAGAUCAGGAAAAUGCUCACAGAAGCAGAUGAAGCGAGGCUAAAGUUCACGUUAUAAUCACACGUGCCUGUGACUAUAACAAAAAUUGUUAGUGUAGUAAACAGAUUCAACGUUUAUAUAUAUAGCUAUAGCAGAGGAGAGCACUGUAUAUACUAUUACCUAUAAUGUCAUACAUGCACAAGAUAUAUCUACUUUCACAUGUAGCGCUUUUUUUAGUACGCACGUGUAAUUAUUAAUCAUGCA